AUGAUGAUCUCCAUUGGCGGUAUCAUUGGGCCCGGCCUUCUCGUCGGUACCGGGACCGCUCUUGCAACUGGCGGACCCAGUGGCAUAUUUAUCGCCUAUUGCCUUAUUGGCGCCGUCCUCUACCUCACCAUGCAAUCCUUAGGCGAACUCGCAACAGUAUUUCCUGAAACUGGGUCUUUUGUGACCUGGGCUGGUCGAUUCGGCGAUGAUGCUAUGGGAUUCGCACUUGGAUGGAAUUAUUGGUAUAUGUGGGUUACUAUUCUCGCGAAUGAGUACGUGGCGGCAACGGUUGUGUUAAGUUUCUGGACCAAUGAUACGCCUCCUACAUGGGCGUGGAUCCUCAUUUUAUGGGUGUUCUUCCUCGCUUUCUCAUUUUUGUCGGUUGACGCCUACGGGGAGACGGAGUUCUGGUUGGCGAGUUUGAAGGUUGUUUUCAUCCUCCUUUUUUUCAUCGUCGGCGUCGUCAUCAAUGUGGGCGGCAUUGGUGAUACGGGCUACAUUGGCUUUCGCUAUUGGAAGGACCCUGGAGCAUUUGCUGAUGGGUUCAGCGGGGUAGUCAGUGUUUUUGCUAUGGCAGCAACAUACUAUGCUGGAACAGAGAUGGUGGGUCUGACCGCUGGUGAAUCCAAAGACCCCCGGAAGAACAUCCCUCGCGCAAUCCGACAAGUCUUCUUUCGUAUCCUCUUCAUCUACGUUGGCUUCGUCUUCUUCACGGGUAUCCUCGUACCUUACAAUGAUGAGAACCUACUUUCACCCAAGUCGAAGACUGGUGCAUCUCCCAUCACGAUUGCGUUUAUACGUGCAGGAUGGGCAGCUGGUGCGCACCUUGUCAACGCGGUGCUGGUAAUCACCAUCAUCUCGGCUGUGAACUCAUCCCUUUACGCGGCGUCUCGUGUUGUCUGCAUGAUGGCACGCGAUGGAAAAGCACCUCGGAUCCUGAGCAAAAUCAACAAACGCGGCGUACCGAUUCCCGCACUCAUCUUCUCGAACCUCUUCGGGCUCAUAUCGUUGAUGAAGCAGAGUGCUGGCGCUGGAAAGGCGUACAGUUACCUCAUCAACAUGUCUGGUGUUUCAGCCUUCAUUGCCUGGGCGAUUAUCUCUCUUUGUCAUAUUCGAUUUCGGCGUGCAAUCAUUUCCCAGAACAAAGAUAUCAAGCUUCAUUUCACAGCAAGGUGGUAUCCGUACGGAGCCUACAUCGGCUUUAUCGCUAAUGUCGUUCUUGUUUUCCUGCAAGGGUACCCGACAUUGGCAGCCAAACCAUUUGUUGCAGCCGAUUUUGUGGUAGCGUAUGUUGUCUUGCCGGCUUUUCUGGUGCUCUUCUUAGGCUGGAAGUGGUGGCAUAAGACGAAAUGGGUGAAUUUGGAGGAGGCAGACUUGGAUGCUGGGAGGAAAAUUUAUGAGGACAACAUUGAGGUUAUGGACGAGGUCGGCGAUAGAGAAACGAACUUACCGAAGGGUCGAUUUAGACAGGUGUGGAAUGUGAUUGUAGGCUGA